UGCACGCACAGCCCUUCUCUUGCAUUACGCUGUAACUAUAUUUAACAGUGAAGAUAAGCCCUCUUGACUGCAUCAACUUGCCUGUGUGCAUCUCGCUCCCUAAAGAAAGAACAAAACAUGUCGACAGUCUUCUCUUUCCAGACGCAGCUCGUCUCCAUCAUGGACGCGUUGUCCAAAACAGCUGUAAUGGAAAUAAGCAAACUGGUCGAGAUCGAGUCGAAGAUGCUGAAAAUUGAGAUAACUCGAGGGAGGAACGAGAAUGCAUCGCUCACAGAAAAACUGCAGCUGAUGGAGAAAUUGCUGUACAUGGCACAGGGGCAGACAGCAGGACGCGGCAGCAGCCAGCUCGGUGGUGAGGGACGGACCAGAGGACGGGAUACUGGACCCUGACAGGACAAGACCUGCCAUUAAAGGUGAAAGUCCAUGGGAAAGCACGAGUAUCUCCACUGAGAUGAGCAAAUGGCAUCAUCUUCAAGGUGAAGAGCAUGCCAUAGCUGAACUCCCAAACCCACUGAAAGACCAGGCAGAACUCAUAGUGGUAAAAGAAGAGCCGUCAGAGGUGGACAACAGUGACUGUGAACCACAUAGAACAAGUGAAAACAGAAGGGAAGCAUUUACGGACACCCAGAACAGUUCAGAAGUGAUGCAGUGUCCCAAACCCGUCGCAGAGCACCUGCAGCCUCUGUUUACUGGUGACUUUUUGACCACGAGCAGCCAGUUGUCUCUCGCUGGGCCAGGGAGGAGGGAAACACAGUGGAAUCCACAGCUCGCACCUGCACACACAAACCAAGCGGCCGGGAAAAGCCUGGUUCAAAACGUUACCUCCCAAAGCUUGAGCGUGCUCAGGAAUAUGAAGCUUCACAACUUGAGGAACUCAGCUGCUAAGAGGUUCGGCUGCUUGCAGUGUGGCAAGAGCUUCAGAUGCUUCAGCCAGCUGGAAAUACACCAGAGGAGUCACACGGGAGAGAAACCAUUCAGGUGCACGCUGUGUGGGAAGAGAUACGCUCAAAAAGGACAUUUGUACACACACCAGCGCACACACACCGGGGAGAAGCCCUACCGCUGUCCUAUUUGUGGAAAGGGCUUUAUUCAGAAAUGCACUCUCGAUAUGCAUCAGCGCACACACACCGGAGAAAAACCUUUUGUUUGCAUCAAAUGUGGCAAGGGCUUUACCAAGAACUGCAACCUGAAGAAACACCUCGCCGUACAUAUGGACCCUAGUUUUAACAUGUAUGGUAGUGAAUCCAGUGUGCCGACAUUUAGUGGGACGUUCAUAAACGGAACAUUCAGGUGCCCUUCCCAAACGUCGGUACGCGAGCAUCCCGUUUUCCCACAAUCCCUUGCGGCACAGCAAUACCGAACUGUCUCCAGCCGUAUCACGUAUUUCAUCGAGGAGCACACCGCUGCUACGUUGAUAAUCUUGCCACAAUUUCCCCCCCAAAAAAACAUCCAGCCUCCCCCCGUCGAGAUGAUGUGCGACACCACGAACCGAAGUUUCCGGGCGCAGCUGGCCGCCGUGCUGGAUAACCUGACGAAGGCGGCUCUGGUGGAAAUAAGCAACCUCGCCGACGAGUGCUCCUCCGUCCUUCACACCGAGAUAUCGCUGCACAAAACGGAGAACGAGGCGCUGAAGAAGAGGUGCUACUUGCUGGAGGUCCAGCUGAGAGCGGCGAGGGAGGUGCAGACGUCGUAUUCGGCUCACGUCAACAGUGUGAGCCGCCGACACCCCGCAGAGCAGCAGCAGCUCGCUCCGGCCAUCGAGGGAGUGUUUGGGAAGGACUGGUGCAUGGAUCUGUGGAGAGAAGACAAACCCCCCUCUCAAAGGAAGGAGACAGUGGAGCCAGCUGCUAUGACGAGCAUGGAGGCACAGGCGAUAGACUUGAUAGAGAGCGAGCCUGAUCUCAUCUUUGUCAAGGAGGAGAUUUAUGAUGAUCAUCCCAUUGGCCAGCAGUUGAGGCUCACAGAUAAUAGAAAAAUUGUGGGGAUUUUUGACGAGGACAGCAUGCUUCAUAGAUCUGUUGACGAGCUGCAGCUUCACUCCGGGGAGUUAAACAGCUUCCCCAUGGCGGCUGACAGUCAAACCCAACAACGCGCACAUCCAUCAAUCAUGGACAAGUUGAUAGAUGACGCCACGAUGAGCACUCUGGUCGACAACACGAAUCUUCCCUUGGCCACAGCUGGAUACUCAGACUACACGAACAACAUCCACGUGGACGCAAACAAAGAUCUCAGCAUUCAGUCGAAGCCCAACAAACGGUUUGAGUGCUUGUUCUGCGGGAAAAUAUUCAACUAUCUGAGCAGUUUAAAAGUGCACAUCAGGCGACACUCAGGCGAGAAACCGUUCAGCUGCUCAGUUUGCGGGAAGAGGUUUGCGCAGAAAACCUACCUGAAGCUGCACCAGCGCGUGCACUCCGGAGAGAAGCCGUACAGCUGCACGGACUGCGGCAAAAGUUUCUCCCAGAAAAGCUCUCUGAACAUACAUCUGCGAACACACACGGGCGAAAAGCCUUAUAGCUGCGUGGAUUGUGGGAAAUGUUACGCAUACAAGUACGGUUUAAACCACCACCAGUGUUUUAAUUGAGAAGAAACUGAUCACAAAUACUACUUCAAACGCACUCUUUAUUGCUCAAAGGGGCUCAAAAUGCCAAUAUGUCCAUGCGAAACUCAAAUGUGGAUGGAAAAUGUAGAUUUAAAAUACUCCUAUUUAUAUGAAAGAAAAUUAUGGUUAAUGGUGCUGCUGUAAAAUCUAGUUUGAUGUGUUUUUUUGUUUUAUUGUUGAGAGAAAUGCUGCAGCAGCCUAACAAGGGUACAGAGAACAUCUGUCCUCUCUAGUGUACCAUUUUAAUUAUUUGAUUUCUUAGCAUUUAAAAUGAGUUUCACAUUAUUAUUGACAAGUGUCAUAGAUCAGAUGAGAUAUAUCUGCUGCCUACAUUAAAUGUGAGGCGCUCAUCCAAACUAUGACAGAAAAACUUUUAUUUUAUUAUGUAUUUUAUACAUUGCAUGUUGUCAUAAGGUUGGGGUAACAUAUUAUAUACCUCAGUGUCAGAUUAUGCCAAAAUAAUUACAAGUGCUCCAUUGUUUGCACACAUGUAGCAAAAACCUUCAAAACUACCUCUUCACAACAAUGUAGAAGUAAAGCGACUCGCUCGUUUGCUUCACUGACCGAGUCUCACUGCUGUCUCACAUUUCACACGUCAUGCCUCAUUCUUUGAUAUUUAAAGAAGGAAAGAUCUCUUUGAAAACACACGACUGUCUGAAGUGUUGAUGUGUGUUCGUUAGAUAAUAUUCAAAUGAGUUCCGCAAGUGUUACUGUUUUAAAUAAAUGUAAUUGUCAGAGUGCAUCACAUUUGUAGAAUGGUAUGUUGUCAAUGUACAGUCAAGCCAAAUUUCUUUUUUUCUCUAAAUGUGAACCAUUUCUGUUUGAGGAAUUAUAUUUUAUUCUGUACUGAACUGUCAUACUAACACCUGUCCUAUGACCCAUCUGAACAGACCCACUGAGUGAGUUAUCCCUGCCCAAGAAAGAAAUCUGUUAGAAGUUCUCCUCCCUCUUCACUCAGAGCUGCAUGCCCCUUACAGAGCCCCAUCAAAUAAUGCAUUGUUCAGAUUGUCAAAGUUGAAUAUGUAAAGGCUCGACUGACAAAAACAGAUUUAAGUUUCAGGUUAGAUCAGACACAAAAAUAAUACAAAAAAAAAAAAA